GACAACAAGGGCUUUGGCAUCGGGGAGCUGGUGUGGGGGAAGAUCAAGGGAUUUUCCUGGUGGCCCGGCAUCGUGGUGACGUGGCGUGCUACCGGCAAGAGGCAGGCCAGCCACGGCAUGAGGUGGCUGCAGUGGUUUGGAGACGGCAAAUUCUCAGAGGUUUCUGCAGACAAACUGGACUCCAUCAUCGCCUUCCCCAAGUUCUUCAGUCAGGCCUCUUACACCAAGCUGGCCUCGUACCGCAGGGCCGUGUUCCAGGCUCUGGAGAUGGCCAGUAUUAGGGCGGAGAAGACAUUUCCUCCCUGUGAGUCCGACGGGCCAGAGGACCAGGUCAAACCCAUGCUGGACUGGGCCAACGGCGGCUUCCUGCCCAAAGGAGAGGAGGGACUCAAACCUACGCACAGCGCCAACAGUAACCCUCUGGAUCACCAGGUCCUCGACGUCUCUCUGCCGGAGUACUUCCCCAGCGCCAAGCGGCCCAGAGUCAGCCUCUGUAAGAACAAGGCCGCCCCCGAGGAGUCGUACUGCAGAGAACAAAUGGUGAAUGAAGUUCUGAAGAAUAAUUGUAGUAUUGAAGAGUUCUGUCUCUCCUGUGGAAAGAGGAGAGCUGCAACUUUCCACCCACUGUUUGAAGGAGGCCUGUGCCAAACAUGCAAGGACGUGUACCUGGAGAUGUCCUACAUGUACGAUGACGAUGGCUACCAGUCUUACUGCACCGUUUGCUGCGGAGGACGAGAAGUUCUGCUCUGCGGCAACGCCAACUGCUGCAGGUGUUUCUGCGUGGACUGCCUGGACAUCCUGGUCAAUCCCGGAACAUCUAACAACGCUCGCUAUCUGGACCCAUGGCGAUGCUACAUGUGUCAGCCGCUGCUGCAGUACGGCAGCCUGAAGCGACGGCAUGACUGGAGCCUCAAGCUGCAGGAAUUCUUCGCCAACGACAACGGACAAGAGUUUGAGCAACCAAAGAUUUACCCAGCAGUGCCUGCAGAGCAGAGGCGACCAAUCAGAGUUCUCUCCCUGUUUGACGGCAUCGCCACUGGAUACCUGGUUCUGAGGGACCUGGGUUUUAAGGUGGACCAGUACGUGGCGUCAGAGGUGUGCGAGGACUCCAUCUCAGUGGGCGUGGUCAGACAUGAAGGAAAGAUCCAGUACGUCCAUGAUGUGAGAAACAUCACCAAGAAAGAUAUUCUAGAGUGGGGUCCGUUUGACCUGGUGAUCGGAGGAAGUCCCUGCAACGACCUCUCCAUCGUCAACCCUGCAAGGAAAGGCCUCUAUGAAGGCACAGGGAGGUUGUUCUUUGAGUUCUACCGGCUGCUGAGCGAAGCCAAGCCCAAGGAAGGAGAGGACCGGCCGUUCUUCUGGAUGUUCGAAAACGUGGUCGCCAUGGGCGUCAACGACAAGAGGGACAUCUCCCGAUUCCUGGAGUGUAACCCUGUCAUGAUUGAUGCGAUUGAGGUUUCUGCUGCUCACCGUGCUCGAUACUUCUGGGGAAACUUGCCAGGCAUGAACAGGCCUCUGUGUGCGUCUGGGAUGGACAAGCUGGAGCUGCAGGACUGUCUGGAUCACGGCAGAGUGGCAAAGUUUGGAAAAGUGCGAACCAUCACUACUCGUUCCAACUCCAUCAAACAGGGGAAAGACCAGCACUUCCCCGUCCUGAUGAAUGGGAAGGAGGACAUACUGUGGUGCACGGAGCUGGAGAGGAUCUUCGGUUUCCCCGUUCACUACACAGACGUGUCCAACAUGGGUCGCGGUGCCCGACAGAAGCUCCUGGGCCGGUCCUGGAGCGUCCCUGUCAUCAGGCAUCUGUUCGCACCACUCAAAGACUACUACGCCUGUGAAUAAAAACCAGCCAUCACCAGGAAAACAGACGCCACAUGUGAACACACAGCGUGAUGCCGGCUGUCAGAAACAUCCUGCUGUAACGAACAGGAGAUUUAAACAUCUCUGUCAGAACGGAGGCUUCUCAGAGUCGCUGGGAAAAUAGUGACAUAGCUGUUAUAAUGCACUGUAGCCUUAAACACACACUAACACACAGACACACAAACAGAAGAGGUGAGCACCUUCAUCACCGGA